CACUUGGCAGUUGUGAGCAAACACACAGCCAGCUUGAAGAGACUGGUAUUUAUGUUUUAUUAUUUUUUCUUCAGUUUUAGCCUGCCUUGUUUGGGGACAGAAUUAAUUCAGAUAACUUCAUAUAAUGCUCUGCUAACAAGAGGACAACUGAUCUACAUUCCAGGUAUGUCCAGUGGAGAAUGGAGAUGAUAUUUCACUAAAAGGAAAUAGAGGAAGCUUCUGAGUGAAAACGCAGAGUCAAAAAAGAGAGAGAAAGAAAAAGAGAAACAAAAUCAUACUAUUUAAUGGAAAUAAUCAUGACCUAGAACACCAGGCUGUAAAAUACUUCAUCCUCUGCAACAUUUAAGUCUGCCAAUGUGAAGCAAUUUUUUGUCCAUGGGAGACUAAAGAGAAGAUUUUUGUCAAAAGGCCUGCAGAUGUAUGCAUAAGAUAUGAGCACACACUAGUAUCAUAUUACCUACUUAAUAUGCUGGUAAGAUGGGCUCCUGGCGUAGUUACUUUACAGACAUCAGAAGAAUCUCCAUAGUAAGCUCUCCACUGGUGCUUUGACUACACACCAAGGUGGGGAAAUUUCUGCUUGAAAGAUCUGCAUUAUAAAAUGACUGUUGCCUGCUGUGUGAGGGUCAGCUAACCUAAAUACAAGGCUUCAUUGUAAGACGCCUGUUUGCAGAGUUAGUCUUUCAGUCAUCUUCCAAGAUUCCACUGUCAAACCAUCCUAUAAUUUGCAGUCAUGUCCCAGAAUACAAGAGCUGAAUCUCUGCUGGACCUCAGUUUUCUCACCGAAGAAGAGCAGAAAAGCAUUGCCCAGGUGCUGUCUAGGGAUGCUGAUCUCCGUGCAGUAGAACAGGGUAGAAUAAAUAAACUACGAAAGUCUGUGUCUGACCUCAGCCAGCUGAAGUUCCUUACGGGAGAAUGGUUUAAUGAGGCCAGGUCCAAACGGCACAGGGACAAGCAGUACGGCACUGAAAUAAUCCGUGCAUCAAUACGCAAGAGGAAGAAGCAGUACACAGGUGACACAGUAGGGUCAGACUCUGAUAUACUGGAAGAUGCUGAAAAUAUAGCAUUGGGCAAGCAUUCACCCCUUUCAAGUAGUGCUUCUGAGAAAAAUGAGAGGAAUCUGGACAAACCUGUUUUUCAGUCGUCAUCAAAAGACUCCACAAUCCAGAAUGUCAAAGUGUCUACAGAGCAACCCCGUAUCAUGGACCAAGUUAAGCCAAAAUCAGAAGUUCCUCACACUGACCAUCAGGUGCAACAGUCUUCUCAAAACAUUAAAAUUCCUAGCAUCAACAAUGUUGAGCAACCAUCCCCUCAUAAACCAAGAAUUCCACGCAUUAAUAAUGAAAUGGAACAGUCAGCAGGAAAAAUGCAAACUCCAGGCAUUGAGAUUAAUACGCCCUAUUCUGCACAAAAAUCACAUGCUUCUGACAACGACCAUAUGAUGUCCCUUUCUCCAGGAAAAUCCCCACUUUCUGACUCUGGAAAUAAGAUGGCACAUUCGCCAGGAAAAUCUGGUCUUUCUGAAGCAGAGCAUAAGAGGGCACAUUCGCCUGGUACAGCUAGUAGACAAAAUGGUGGGCACCGUGGUGAAGAGUCCAUAAAUCAAGUUAAAAAUCCAGAGAUUAAUGUUUUGCCACAAGAAAGCAAUGAAAAACCUAUCACAGAAAAGCCAAAAGAAGCCAAAAACCCAGUCCUGAUUGUCUCAAAGUCAAUGGAGAGUGAUCCAGACCUCAGUGAUGACGACCUUGGUUCAAAACACAAUAGCAACCAUGUCAUCAAUCCUCAACAAAGAGAUACUUCCAGAUCUGCAUCCUUGGCCAGUCUACAGUCUUCCAGUACAGUGGGAGGCAGUAUGAUGAGUCUGUAUGGUGAUGGUGACUUUGGGAGUGUGGAUGUGAAGGGUGCCAUCCAAUUUUCCCUGCGUUAUGAUGAGAAGAAGCGGGAACUUCACAUCCUUAUUGUGCAGUGCCAGGACCUAGCAGAGGCUAAGAAGCAAAGAACUGAUGCGUAUGUGAAGAGUUACCUUUUGCCAGACAAAUCAUCAAAGAGUAAGAGGAAGACAUCAGUUAAAAAGAAAACCCUCUCCCCUCUCUUCAAUGAAACUCUCAAAUACAAAAUUGACAAGUCGGAGCUCCAGAGCCGAACCCUCAAUAUAUCAGUGUGGCACCAUGACAACCUUGGACGGAAUGUUUUCCUUGGUGAAGUUGAGCAGCCAUUAGAUUUCUGGGACUGGAGCAAUACACAGCCAUUUUGGUGUAACCUGCAGCCCAGGAUUGCAUUGCCACCAUCCUCUGUCAGCCGAGGAAGGAUUUCAGUUUCUUUGAUGUACAAAGCUGCAGGAUCAGAAGGGAGCAACUUGCCACCAACUGGAGAGCUGCAUUUCUGGGUGAAGGAGGGCCUCAGUCUGAUCCCAAUACGAACCAAUGGAGCGGAUUCCUUUGUAAAAUGCUUUAUUCUCCCAGAUGACAGGAAAUCCAGUCGUCAGAAGACAAGAAUAGUCAAGAAAAAUUUAAACCCUGUCUUCAAUCACACCAUGGUGUUUGAUGGGUUCAGGGUAGAGGAUUUAAAGGAAGUUUGUGCUGAGUUCACAGUGUGGGACCAUGAAACUUUCCACAGCCAGGUUCUUGGUGGAAUACGCCUCAGUAUGGGAAGAGGCAAAAGCUAUGGACAAGCAGUUGGGUGGAUGGACUCUAACCCAGAGGAGAUUCAGGCCUGGAAGAAUAUGAUAAACUCACCCAAUACAUGGGUAGAAACUGUGCUACCACUUCGAUCUGACCUCACACCAAGAAUGUAGGAGUACAUUCCAUGUUACCGAUGAAUUGCAAUUAAUGACUCCUCUCAAAAAGGAUUUUUCUCAAACAAGUUUUAUUUAAACAACUGCUCUCUUUUAUGCCAUGGAAAGGAUCUUAUAAAGCCAUGUUGGAUGGUAAAAAAGCAGAUGACAAAAAUACAUGUUACAUACGUGAGCUGGAAUCUGUACUGGUUUACUUUAGAAGGCCUUGAGCCAUGCAAGGCUACCUGGUACUGAGUUUUCUGGAAGCUUGGAAAUCUAAGAGAGUGCUAAACAUUAUGAACAGAGAUAGCCCCAGCAUAUUUAAGCAAAGCACCACCUGAUUUUAUUGAAUAUACUUUAAAACUGCAAUGACAGUCUGCAAUCGUGUUGAACGUGAGAGAGUUCUGUGCCUGUGUUUUGUGUAAAAUGCUAGAAGAAGACACAGUGGCAUUUCUUUGUUCAUUAGUUGUAGGACCUUAACAGCAAUCCUUCCCAUAGUUAAUGUCCUAGAACUCCUGACCAUGCAAGGUGACAUUUGGAAAACUGAAUUCUUAUUUAUUCAGUACUAAGUGUAGGAAAAAUUUAACUUAAUGCUGCAGCUGUAGUGUAUAAUUUCAGCUGCUGGUUUUAAAUUGAUUUAUCUGCAUGUUAAGGAAAUAACGAACAUGCUUCUGCAGAAGCUCGGUCUACAACUAAAUAAAUUGAAUUCACAGUGACAUCACAAUCAAGGGGGUGUAUAUUAUAUUCUUGAAGAGACUUUUCUUCGAAGAUAUAAUCAUCGACCCCUAAAGAGCGAAUGCUCUAAUGCGUGAAUGGCCACAUCUGUGAAUUUUUUCCUUGGGAGAAAAUUCACAGGGCCAUACACAAAAAACACAAACUUCAAAACCCUAAUCAAGUGGGGGCUUCAUACCCCAUACCCCCCAAUGUGGGGGGAUAUUCCCACCACACACCCCCUAACUAAAUAUACCAACUCCAAGAUCACUCACCAUUGGGGAAAAAGGCAAUUCCCGAUAACGGCCAACUGAAUCCCCCCCCCCCCAAGGAAAAAAUUUGUGAACAUGGCCAUUUUCGCUUUAGAGCAUUCACUCUUUAGGUGGCGAUGAUUAUAUGUUCAAAGAAAAGUUUCUUCGAGCAUAUAAUAUAGACCCCAAUUAAGUGUGGUGUCGUAACUGCAGUAGAGCAACAGUUUGCAUUUGCAUGGCACUCAACAUUUCUAAAGAAGUCACAAAGUCUUGUCUUUACUUUUUGCAGUAUAACUGGUAGCUUGGGUUCAUAUUGAAGGUUCUGUAUUACUCCUGUGUACUGCUUUAUGGGUUUGGUUUGAAAUAGUUGUGUUUUUCACCUUAACUAAGACUCUAUUUACAUAGGCCUAAGACAGUUAUUAUGAGAAGGAAGGACGAAAUAGGCUACAGAUUCACUAGGAUUUGCAAUUUAUUCAGAGGCUGGAAAUCAGUGAUCCUUGUGUAAUUUAGUUUCACAUUACAUCAUUGUAUGAAAGAUGCCAAACUGAUGACUUCACUGACAUAUUUUCAGUUGAGCAAAGCAGGUGUCAUUUGGAAUAUAUUAGAAUGUUGUCUUCAUUUAUUUUACAAGUAUAUUUUGAGGAAAACUACAUAAUUAAGCAUUUCAGGUGUGAAACAGGAUGUGUUUACUAUUAGACUUUGCAUUUCAAGCUGUUUCAAAAAGUUCCAGAGAAAGUGCAGUGUGCACAGUAAGGUAAACGAUCAUUUCUAUUAUGUGUCAUUUGGGUUAAAGGGAUAUGGUAGAUGAUGCAGGACAGUACACCACAUGAGUUAUUUAAAGCAUGGAUACAUUAGCAAAUCUAGCUCUCAGAUGAUACAGUAACAUAACAGAAGACAUUAGGAGGGUAUUCACGUAACAACAAAGUAUACACAAAAGAAGCAAACACUGUAGUCAAUACUUUAAGUAAACAAAAUAAUAAUACAAUGAAAGUACAGAAGUUGGCAAAGAGUUGGAGUGUUAAGGGAAAUAAGCAAAGGAAAACGUUUAAGUGAGUUGGGCUAGGACAUGGUAGAAGAUUCUUGACACGUGGAAAGAAGCAAGAGGUUGAAAGAAACAGCACAGCAGCUACACAAUUUCAAGCUUGAUAAUCGGGAAUAGUUUAAGAAGAGUGAAAACAUAAACAGACUGAGAAGCAGAAAAGUGCAGACAGACAAGAGAACUGUGUGAAAGAGUCUGGUCUACAGGGGAUAGAAAGAUGAAACUGCAGCGCAUAUUUAAGAAGAAAAAUGGAGAGAUACUUUUAGAUCAUACCCUGCAAUAAAAUACAAAUACUAAGUUACUCUCCUUUGGGGAAUGAGAAGCAAAGAGAAUAAAGGAAUGGGCAAAAUGAUGCUGUUUUAACUAAUAAAAAAGGUGGAAAUUAUGUCACGUCCAAAAACUGCAAACUGUAAGAAUAACACCAGAAAGUAAGACAGUUUAGUUUAAUGUGGAGAAAAUCAGUUGAAGAUAAAGUAUACAGUAAAGUAAGUAGAUUGGGAGGAAGAGAAAGACGAGAUUUUUGAUUUAAGGAAAACUGUAAGAAUAACACCAAGAAGUAAAACAAUUAAGUUUAAUAUUUUAGAAAUCAGUUGAAGGUAAAGCAUAUAAUAAAGUAAGCAGACUGGGAGGAACAGAAAGAGAAAAGAGAUUCUUGAUUUAGGAAAAGAAAGGGAGAGAGAGAGAGAGAGAGAUAGAGAGACAGAGAGAGAGAGAGAGAGAUUCUUGGUUUAAGGGGAGUCUGAAAAGGCAGCAUUAGUGUGCAUAAUUUUAGGUCUAUUGCAAAGUUAAACAUUGACUUGAGACUAUUGAAUGAAGGAUAUCUUGGACAAGAAACAUCAGCAGGGUCUGGAAUAUGGCUAACUUAUGUUUAGAUUUUUUAAGAAAAAUCAACGUUACAUUCCUACUGUUGGCUGGUAAAUGUGGAAACCAUCAAAUAUCGUACUACAGGGGGUCCUUGCACUGCUGUGGUGGAAGUCUUAUGCAUAAGACUAAGAAGAUAUUUACUGGAAGAAUUGGACAACUGAAAUCAGAUGAUUAAAGCAAAUAUAUUAAGAAGAUAAUUGCAAGUGAUUCAGAUUUAAGAGAGCAUGAAACAGUGAUGACUCAAUACAUUUAGCUUUAUCACACACACACACACACACACACACACACACACACACACACACACACACACACACACACACACACCCCAAGAUGACAUAAGUUGCCAAAGCAAGUAGAAGGCUGAGAUUAUAAAUCCCUGUCAGAGAUUAAUGUCAUAAAAUGGUAUAUUACUGUUUGGAAAAUGAAUUCAAAGAACAGCACAAAACAGAAUGAUUGUCUGAACUUCACACAUGCAGAAAGUUACAUUUACCUCACAAAAUAUGAGCAGGUGUGUUAUGUUCUGUUGGAGGAAGAGUGCUGACCCUCCAACCUGUUUAUUGUCCAGUAGAGUCUUAUCAACUUUUUAAAGAUACUUUCUGUUUGCUCCAGUUACGAGAACAUGCUAGUAAUCACAGUAAGGAUCUCUGAGUUACAGUCUAAUAUGAUAAAUGCAACAAAAAAUAAUUAUACUGCCUUGCCCUAUUAACUAGCAGGUUCUAUAGUUGUACAGUAUUUUGCUGACGACAAGAAGCAGUAUUAGAAUAUUGAUUCUCUUGCAUUUCUAAAAUGUUACUUUGAAGUAGUCAUGUACUGAAAUCACAAAAUACUUUGCAGAAGUAAUUGCAUAAAGUAAGCAAACAGGGCAAAUAUCAUAUUAGGUAAAAUGAGGAAAUCAAAGUGCAACAGCCAUAAUCGAAAACUAGAAUGCUGGUGCCUUAAUGUAAUAUGUAGCAAUAUUUCCUAAUGACAUGUCAUAAACUAUUAUACUGUGUCCCUGCCUAUAAAAAUACUAUAAUUGUAAAUUUUGCUCUUAAUUCUGAACUCAAGAAGAUCAGAUGGCUGUGGAUUCUACUGCUACACCAGGUAUUUGAAUCUGACUUCCUGCACUGAUGCUACAGAACGGCAGGAAGAGAGUGCAACACUUCUGACCUGCUGCCCAUUAAAUGAGAUGUUAGUCCAAGGCCCUAUGACCGGAGAUGGAUUUUCCCAAAAUAGGGAAAUGUCCUUGAUAUUCUGACCAAACUUUCCCUGAGUCUGCAUAAAUCUUAUCUAAAGUGGACCAGUAAGUACAGGCCAUAGGGCUAGUAGAACUAACCAGGUCAGCAAAAAGUAAGUAAACAAAUGAAUACAUUUAGUGACCAGCUGAUUGACACAGGGGCAGAGCAUCUGCCCAUGGUGCUGGCAGUUUGAGAAUAAAUAGUAACCUGGCAAGCCAGAGGGCUGGCUGGAGUUAGACUCUUGGGGGGAGCAUAGGUUUUAGGGCACACUGUUGCUCUUUAGUGGAGGCUGAAGAGCAGCAUUUGUGUCAUACAACACAGGGAGGUCAGAUGUCAAUGGCUUAUGAGCAAGAGAGUACAUAGGUACAUGCUUACAUCAUUGCAUACCCCUUUUCUUGGAGAAAUACAGGGCAUAUAAAAUAUCCCAGCAAUUAGAAGUGGUUGACUGGAGGUUAAUAUGCUUUGAUCCCAUCUUCCACCCACCAAAGAUGACGCAGCCUUUUGCCAUCUGUAGCCCCAGGUUGGUGGCUCUGGUGAGAGAGCAAGGUGCUUGGUUUAGAGGGGAAAGAGACACUGGUCAUCAUCCUAGCCAAACAGUAAAAACAAAAGUUAAAAAUGAAAAAAUAAAACAGAUAUGUUUAAAUUACUCAGCUAAGGCAGAUAAAUGCGUACAGCUUAUGAGAAGGAAAUGCAUUGUAGACAGUAGAGGAAUUACACCUGCUGCAAUAUGUUAAUGUGAAGAAAAAGCAUAUUAGGAUGUUCAUGUUACCAAUGCGAUGAAUUUCUGUUUUGGAAGCAUUUAACACUGACCUAGUAUGUUUCUGUAUUUGUAUCAUUUUAAACUAACCAUAUUCUUCAGAGGUCAUAACAAAUGAUUUGGCAUAACUGAUGUUGAUUUGCUUUACUUUCUGCUGUCUAGUUUAACUUGCUAGUUUUUAUGGCCAUUAUAACUGUGGGUAGUAAAAGGAUUUACUGCUCCCUAAAAUGUACAGUCAGACACAGAUACACUUUCAGCAGAGAUGCAAAUUAGCACCUGAUGAAACAAUAUAUAAAGGCAAACUACAAAAAAAUGUCCAGCUAGUACUAGUAGAAAAACAGCACGGGUGUAUUUUUCCAGUAGGGCAGAUGUAAGAUGUCUGAAAUGCUUUGUCACUGAGGAAACAGAAUAUAAAUUAAUUCUUUACUACUACCGCUGUCUAAAGAGUUCACGUAUCUGCAGUCU